AUGCCUGUGGAGAAGCGUCAAUCCAAAUCUGCGCGCUAUCGUGCUUCCCUGGCCGAAAAUAUUGAGAAGAACGGUUUUGUCGUCAUGCCUUGUUCCUGCGUGGUCGCUCGUGCGAUGGUUCUGGCGUCCCGAUUUCUCAAUGAACAGCGGCGUAUUGAACGUGAGGAGCGCGACACCGAGGAGUCUCUUGAGGCGACUCAACGAAAGUUGGAGGAGGACCAGCGUGCCCUUGCGGAGCACCUGGCCCGUUUGCGGCGCCUCCGUCAGCAGAAGAAGUUCUUGGUGGACCGUGGUGCUGAUAUGGUGGCUCGUGGUCUGUCGACUUUGGAUGAGCCGGAGGAGGCCGAGAGGCAAGAGCCUCUUGCUUCGGUAGGGGUACCUCCGGGUGAGGGCGACCUCAAUUCUUUCGCCGACCCCUCCUCGGGGUUCGACUGCUCCUUGGGGAGUCCCCUCGCUGGGGUCGACCUUUCCGCGGGGUUCCCUCUGGUCGAUCCGGGUUCCUCUGGUGGAACUCCUGGGGUUUCUCGGGGCAGUUGA